CGCGUAUAGUUUUUGACAAACGAGCUAUGUGUCAGCUGUGCAAACAAGAUUUUCACUGUGCUGGAGGCAUUUGAAUAAAUAAAAUUAAAUCCACGUAAUAAAAUCUCUUUUCUCAUUGCUUUCGGGAACAUCUAUUUUUCAAAAAAACAAUUUGAAUCAACAUAGCAACAGUGCCAAAAUGACCUCGUUUAGGAUUAUUCGAAAUGAACGAGUAUCUUCGAACGCUUGUGUGUUUUGAAGCUGGAAACUUCAUGCAUUUAGGAUUGUUAUUCGUAAAAAGUAUUACCUCUAUUUUGUAACUCGAAGACAUUCGCCUGAUUUAAAUAGAGAAUACGACCUGGCGACUACGAUGCGUCCUCGAAAAACGUUUAUUAUAGCUGCAAUAUUGGUAGGAUGGAUUUUCACAACGUAUCUAAUAUUUCUGAAAAAUUUUAAAGACUCCAACCCUCGAAGAGAUCAUGAAGUGAUGCAGAAAGUUCGUCUCUUAGAGAAAAAUAUUCAAAUUGAAGAAGAAAACAGAGAGAAGUUGUAUCGGGAGGUUAUCAGAAUUCUUCAAAAGGAGGAAAAAUCGACCAGUCCUGAAUUGCCACCAGCAACAGAAAAUAUCGUUGAUCUGGCAGAAGUACCAGCACAGGUAGCAGAGUCUCCGCCACAGUCGGAAGCUGAAGCAACACUAAGCAAAUUCCAACAUAAAUAUAUUGAUGAUGACGUGAACCGUCCCAUCAUCCCGGUAUUAGUUUUUGCCUGUAAUCGUCUUUCAGUAAACCGAUGUUUGGAUGAUCUGAUCAAGCAUCGCCCCAGAGUUGACCAAUUUCCUAUAAUUGUAUCCCAGGAUUGUGAUGACGAGGCUACCCGUAGCAUGAUAUUGUCUUAUAAAGACAACGUGACUCUCAUUCGUCAACCAGACCAAACGGAUAUAACGGUACUACCGAAGGAGAAAAAGUACAAAGGUUACUAUAAAAUUUCUCGACACUACGGCUGGGCAUUGAGUACGGUUUUCAAGCAAGGCUUUGAGUCGGUUAUCAUCGUGGAAGACGACCUUAGUAUUGCACCGGAUUUCUAUGAAUACUUUCUGGGCACAUAUCCCAUUUUGAAAAAAGAUCGUUCGCUUUGGUGCAUCUCGGCAUGGAACGACAAUGGCAAGGAAGGACUGAUCGACAAUACUGCCGGCGAACUACUGUAUAGGUCGGAUUUCUUUCCCGGACUCGGCUGGAUGAUGACCAAGGAACUGUGGGAAGAACUAGGUCCCAAGUGGCCGAAAGCAUUUUGGGAUGACUGGAUUCGCCAACCGGAGCAACGCAAAGAAAGAGCUUGCAUUCGCCCUGAAUUACCUCGAACUCGAACAUUCGGAAAGAUUGGCGUUUCAAAUGGACUGUUUUUCGAUAAGCACCUGAAAUACAUUAAACUUAGUGAAGAAUAUGUAUCUUUCACAAAAAUCAAUUUAACAUAUUUGCAUAAAUCCAUUUACGACGAUAUGUUCUUAAAUGCUGUUUAUCAAAGUCCAAUUGUUACAUUGGACGAACUAAAACGUGGUCAGGUAGCGCCCAAAGAUCCUAUUCGGAUAACAUAUCUCACCAAAGAGCAGUACAAACGUGCUACCAAAAGCUUGGGGUUGAUGGAUGAUUUUAAGAGCGGAGUGCCGAGAACGGCGUAUCGAGGGAUCGUUUCUUUCUUCUACAAUGGACAACGUGUGUAUCUUGCCCCCAAUACCAAUUGGAAGGGAUAUGAUCUUACCUGGAGUUAACAGCAACCGAGAGCGGUUCAGCGACAUGAAAGUUUCAGCGUAUUUCUAAGCAAUCUACUGGGGUUACACUAGAACGGAUUGUUUUCCAUUAGAAAAUAAUUUGUCUAAUUGUGUGAACUAACAGACAGACUGAUAUUCAAUUGUUUCCUAAGAGUCACUAUUAUGCUCAAGCUAUAAACUGCUACCAAUGCUAUAGGUAGAAAGUCUGGAACGGUUAUCUUUAUCUAAAAUUGUCUCGUUUUGUUUAAUCAAAUAAUUUUUUUCCGCAUAUUAAAUUGUUUCUUCGGUUAACAUAGACAAGGUCAUGUUAUGAACGCGUGCUUUAUUCGUUAAUUGAUUUUAACGUGAGUUUUAAACAAUCUAAUGUCUGGUUUUAACAGCGUUAAAUUUGAAAAAUCAAAAACAUUGGUUAUGUCGAACAUAAAACAUUUUAGUUAAAUUUGAUACUAGUCAAAUAUCGGAAACUGACAAUUGUAUGUCACUUCGGUAGCUAUACUUCCGUUUGAAAAAAAUCAUCAUCGAAGCAUGGUAAUUUUGAUCGGUUCAGUAAUCAGUACAAGUUGGAUUGAUUUUAUUUUUAAAUUCAGAUAGUUUAUGCUAUAUUUGUGCUAGGAAGGUCGAAAUGAUAGACGCAUUUAGUUUACUCCUAGUGCCAAUAUAGUAUAAGUAGGGCAAAAUAAGCUAAAUAUUAAAUGUAAGAAAAUAUAUAAAUCUAGAUUAGAGAAAUUAUCUUCUUUCAAGUGUUUAACAUAUUUGUACAGUAGAACGCGAAUAUUGUAAAUAUGUUAAACGCUUCUUACCACACACACAAAUAAGAAUUUAGAAACUGCAUUGUUCUUAUAUACAGUAUGACAAUGACAAGAUCUCAAGUAUUUUUUCUAUGGAUUUCUAGCUGAUUAUUCUAUUUGUGUGCGAAAGAAU